UGGAAUUUUCUUGGAAAGCUUAGGGAAAACUGGUUUAUUAAAUUUAAUUGCGUCUGAUACGAAAUCACUCAUCAGCUCUCUAUAGUUUAAACUCAUUGGAGAAGAUAAUUGAAUCAAAGGAGAUGUCUGCCGUUUCAAUCUCCUCCGUCAAAUCUAACCUUUCCGCCGUUAAGGCCGUAGCCGUUACACACCAUCGACCGCCACCUUCCUUCCGGUGUCCGUCGUCGCUGGCCUCCCUCUCAAGUACUACUACUACUUCUCUACACUGCAAUGAUGUAUCAUCUAUCUCCAGAUCAAAACUCCUCCCACCCUCGCGUCUUCAUCCUAUCAAAUCCUCUCCUUCACCAACCCCAUCUCUAGCAGCAGAUUCAUCAGCAAACCAGCUGGCAAAGUUCAAGGAAGCAGCGGAGAAAGGAAACUUAGUUCCUCUAUACCGAUGCGUGUUCUCGGAUCAUCUCACACCUAUACUCGCGUACCGUUGUUUGGUUAAAGAAGACGACAGAGACGCUCCCAGCUUCUUGUUUGAGUCCGUGGAGCCUGGUCUUCAAGCUUCCAACAUCGGGAGGUAUAGUGUAGUUGGAGCUCAACCCACGAUUGAGAUUGUAGCCAAGGGGAAUGUUGUCACUGUCAUGGACCAUGGAGCUGGUCGUAGGACGGUGGAGGAAGUGGAUGAUCCGAUGGUGGUUCCUCAGAAGAUCAUGGAGGAAUGGGAACCUCAACGGAUUGAUGAACUGCCUGAAGCUUUCUGCGGUGGUUGGGUUGGAUACUUCUCGUAUGACACUGUGCGUUAUGUUGAGAAGAAGAAGCUUCCUUUUUCUAAUGCUCCUGAGGAUGAUAGGAGUCUUCCUGAUGUUCAUUUGGGUCUUUAUGAUGAUGUGAUUGUCUUUGAUCAUGUCGAGAAGAAAGCGUAUGUGAUCCAUUGGGUGCGGAUAGAUAAGGAUCGUUCUGUUGAAGAUAAUUAUAAUGAUGGAAUGUAUCAGUUGGAAUCUCUAGUCUCUAGAAUUCAAGACCAGAAACCCCCCAAGAUGCCGACUGGUUUCAUAAAACUACGCACUGAGCAAUUCGGUCCUAAGCUGGAGAAAUCUACUAUGACCAGUGAGGCAUACAAGGAGGCAGUGUUGGAAGCCAAAGAACACAUCUUGGCUGGAGACAUCUUUCAGAUAGUUCUUAGUCAGAGGUUUGAAAGGAGGACAUUUGCGGACCCGUUUGAGAUAUAUAGAGCUCUUAGGAUUGUUAAUCCAAGCCCUUACAUGGCUUAUUUACAGGCUAGAGGAUGUAUAUUAGUUGCUUCAAGUCCAGAAAUAUUGUUACGCUCGAAAAAUAGGAAGAUUACAAAUCGCCCCCUUGCUGGAACUGUAAGACGAGGAAAGACACCCAAAGAAGAUCUAAUGCUGGAGAAAGAGCUCUUGAGCGAUGAAAAACAGUGCGCAGAGCAUAUCAUGCUUGUUGAUUUGGGAAGGAACGAUGUCGGCAAGGUUUCAAAGCCCGGUUCUGUGGAGGUUGAGAAGCUCAUGAAUAUAGAACGUUAUUCACAUGUAAUGCACAUAAGCUCCACGGUAAAAGGCGAAUUACUCGAUGAUCUAACAAGCUGGGACGCUCUUAGAGCUGCACUUCCCGUUGGAACAGUCAGUGGAGCCCCAAAGGUAAAAGCAAUGGAGCUAAUUGAUAAACUAGAAGUAACGAGACGCGGUCCUUACAGUGGAGGCUUUGGAGGCAUUUCGUUUAAUGGAGACAUGGACAUUGCCUUGGCUCUCAGAACAAUGGUCUUCCCAACAAAUACACGAUACGACACAUUGUACUCCUACAAGCAUCCUCAGAGACGUCGAGAGUGGAUUGCUCAUAUUCAGGCUGGAGCUGGAGUGGUGGCAGACAGUAACCCUGAGGAUGAACAGAGGGAGUGUGAGAACAAAGCAGCGGCUUUAGCAAGAGCCAUUGAUCUUGCUGAGUCUUCUUUUCUUGAGACACCUGAGGUUACUAGGCCCCGCCCCCGCAUCAACAACGUUUUAGAAUAAGCAUGGAUUUUGCUUUUGCCAGUAUUAUCACACUCGAGCUGUUUGAUUCGUGAGAUUUUUCAUUUUUGUGUAAGAAUUGUUGGACUAGUGUCCUCAGUCUGUUCUGUCGGGCAAAUAGUUUUAUACUCUUGUCGCCACCGGGAUAAAAACAAAAACUCGAUAUCCUCCGAAUACAUUUUAUAUACUUUGCUGAACAGUAAAUCAAAAUGAAACUCUUAGUUAAGAAAA